AUGAAAUUUUUCAUGUGUGAGAGCUAUGAGCAUGAUCCACCCCGUAGUUCAGCUUCGUCGUCCACCAGGCCGCCGUCUCCCCCGCCCCUAUGCAAAUGGUUUCACUGGAUAGACACGGAGCAGCCGGAUUGGGCGCGUCAGGAGGUUGAGGAGAAACACCGGCGUGCGUGGGCAACGUUCUUUGAGGAGGAGCGUUGGGAAAAGGUUCGUGCUAAUGAAAAAGCAGAGCGAGAGAGGCAGAUACAGAAACUUAGGGCGGAACAAGCUCGUAAUCGCGAGGUGAAUCAGAAGAGGAUGGAUGAUGAGGCUGCACGUAGGUUUGCAGAGGAAGAGGUGCGCAGGGAGGCUCGUGAAGCAGAAAGGAAGAGACUAAGGGAAAGAGCUGCUGAGGCGCAAGCGGCAGAAGAACGCGGCGACAAGUCUGGAAAAUGGCCACGGUGGACGCAGGGAAAGUAGUGUGAUGUGUCGUACU